UCCUAUGGAUGAUAGAAUAUAUUUAUAAAUAAUCUCAAUUUUAGAAAAGUAAAUCAUAAUACAGACGACAUAUUUAUUCUCCUGGCAGAGAAAUAAUAAUCAUAGUUCAUUUUAUUUCGAAGCUACUUGAAGAAAGAUACGUGUAUAUGAAGAAGAUAAAACUAUAAGGAAAGUGUUGUAUCUAAAUUUAUGGCCAAGACAAAGUGAGAUACCACAUGUGUGUUGAAGUAUAAUACUCCUGUUAAGAGCACAAAUAUUGAAUAGAAUACUGGACUUGGGAAAAGGAGCACAUGAAAGGUAACUUAUCAAACAAACAUACCAUUAUUUUUAGUCCCGAGCUUCGUCCACUUUUACUUGUUCGGUUUGAACUUUGCACGUCUCUUAAGAAAUUACAACUGGCAUGUGUAUUUGACUAAGAUAUCUAUAUAACAAUUUAUAAUCCAUCACUUAUCUUUCUCUCAAUAGCUACUAAUGGCCCUCACUAUUGUUGUGGAUCUAGGCAUUGUCUUGUUAAUGUUUAUAGCAAAGGUAGAGGCAACUCCCCCAGGAAUAGCUUACCAUCCUAGCAAUUCUCAUUGCUCAGAUGAUGAAAUCAAGCAAUGUAAAAAUCUUCCUCAUGUAUGUCCCAUGUUCUGUCCUACUGGUUGCAUAACGGAGUGUCGUUCUUGCAAGCCUAUUUGUAUCAAUGGCCCAAUGCCACCAACUUUGUCACCCGCGUCUCCUCCUCCACCCUCACCAACCCCGAGGAAGGCUAAGUGCAAGAACAAGUAUUACCAUAAUUGUUAUAAUCUCGAAUUUUCAUGCCCUACCUCUUGUCCUAGUGGUUGUUUGGUUGAUUGUGUCUCUUGCAAACCUGUUUGUAAGUGUGACAUACCUGGAGCAGUUUGCCAAGAUCCUCGUUUCAUCGGUGGCGAUGGAGUUACCUUCUACUUCCAUGGCAAGAAGGACAAAGAUUUCUGCUUAGUUUCAGACCCUAAAUUCCACAUCAAUGCUCAUUUCAUAGGAAGACGAAAUCGGAACAUGAAGAGGGACUUCACUUGGAUACAAUCCAUUGGUAUCCUUUAUGGUUCUCACAGGAUCUCAAUAGGUGCAGUAAAAACAUCAACAUGGGAUGAUUACAUUGACCGCCUUUCCCUGCACUUCAACGAUACACCCAUACUUCUUCGUGAUGAGGAAGGAGCAAGGUGGCAAUCUGAUGAAACUGUACCCAUGGCCUCCAUUACUAGAACUAGCAACACAAACGACAUUGUCAUAGAAGUUGAAAAUGUUUUCAAGAUCACUGCUAAGGUUGUACCUAUUACAGAACAAGAAUCUCGAGUUCACAACUAUGGUAUACCAAAAGAUGACUGUUUUGCUCAUCUUGAACUUGGGUUCAAGUUUUUCUCUUUGAGUGACGAAGUAGAUGGUGUUCUAGGACAAACGUAUAAGAAGAAGUAUGUGAGAAAAGUUAAGAUGGGUGUAUUGAUGCCUGUAAUGGGAGGUGACAAAGAGUUUUUAACAUCAGGACUCUUUGAUGCUGAUUGUUAUGUCACUAAGUUUCAAACAAAUGAAGAAGAAUCUGAUAAUGAAACUGGUUUUGCUUUGGAGCUGCCAAGCUUGAGGUGCACUACCGGAAUUUAUGAAAGUGGAGUUGUUUGCAAGCGAUAGAAUAUAACUAAUUACUAAUGAAAUUUAUACCCUCAAGAAAUCAUGAUCAAUAUAUCGUUGAAAUAAGGAUAGAUACUCAUAGCAAUCUUUGAAUAAUUUGUGAAGUGAUGUAGAGGUGUGUGGUGCCAAAAUCUUGUGUUUUGAAGGUAGUGAGGAGAAGAAAGUUAAAAUAAACUCAAACUGUUCAAGGAUUGAAAAUGUUCCAACGUCAAAUGAUCAUAUCUCUCAACUUAUAAUAAAUUAAGCUAUGAGCAAGAAGAACUCUCUUUUCACAUGGAGUGAUAGUUUAGGUAUGUAAUGGGAAGAUUGAAUAGUUAAGAUAUGUAACUCAAUGUGAUAGUUUAGGUAUGUGUUGAUUUUCAGUGCAUUAUUAACAUUAUAAAAUGUUUUGGAUCAUUUAACUGCUAGCCUAAGUACUUAAUAGCAGUUAUAAUUCCAAGUUCUCGUAACUCUUUGGACUACUAGCAGAGAUUGUUAAAACGAUAAAACCCAAAAUGACCAGUCCCAUUUCUCCAUGAGCUUCAGCAAAUUACGCCAUGGAAGGGUUGCAUAAAUCUUUACCAGCCUCAAAAGAACAAUGCCAUUGUAUAUAACUUAAGUAGUUAUAAAACCUGCUGGACUUUGGUUAAAAAUAGUAAUCAGCAAAACUAUUUGUUAAGGACCUUCAAUCGUUCCACCUGCAAUUAUCUAACACACACAGACAGAUGCUCCUAUGAUUAUGAGACAAAAUAAGCUCUCAUGCUCAGAGUAAGCUAGAAAGAACCUGAAGGAACUUGUUCAUUCACUUGCAGAAGGCUGGAAAUUGAACACAGCAUCCACGCAGUACAACAACAGGCAAAUACAA